AUGAGGCGCUCCUCCAAGAAGUCGUCGUCAUCGUCCGCCGCGGCCGGUGAGGAACAAGUAAAUGAAAAACAAAACAGAAAAAGAAAAGGAGUCAGUACAAACCUGACCAGCAGGAAAGCACAACGUGUUCCCACUAAAGCGGUUUCAAAGGAAAUAGAGCGGAUUGACCAACUUUUCUAUACAUAUGCUGAUGGCUCAUCCAGCAUGAUUGACCCAGAAGGCAUCGAAACACUCUGCUCUCAUCUUGAAGUUCCACAUACAGAUGUUCGGAUUCUGAUGUUAGCAUGGAAAAUGGGCUGUGAAAAGCAAGGUUAUUUUACUCUGGAUGAAUGGAGAACUGGGAUGAAAGCUCUGCGAGCUGAUAGCAUCAGUAAACUGAAGAAAGCCUUUCCUGAACUGGUCCAAGAAGUUACGAGGUCCUCUAAUUUCCAGGAUUUCUAUCCAUAUGCGUUCCGUUAUUGCCUAACAGAGGACAAGAAGAAGUGUAUAGAAAUACCUGUUGCUUGUGAGUUAUUGAAUCUAGUGUUGAGCUUGCAGUUCCGCCCGCAGGUUGAAAAACUUAUUAAUUACCUUAAGCAUCAAAAUGAGUACAAGGUUAUAAACAUGGAUCAAUGGAUGGGAUUUCUUCGGUUCUGCAAUGAGAUAAACUUCCCAUCACUUGACAAUUAUGAUGCAGACCAAGCUUGGCCUUUAAUUUUAGACAAUUUUGUUGAAUGGUUAAGAGCAAGUGAAAAUUAG